AUGGACGGGUCCGGGGAGCGCAGCCUCCCGGAGCCGGGCAGCCAGAGCUCCGCUGCCAGCGACGACAUAGAGAUAGUCGUCAACGUGGGGGGCGUGCGGCAGGUGCUGUACGGGGACCUCCUCAGUCAGUACCCUGAGACCCGGCUGGCGGAGCUCAUCAACUGCUUGGCUGGGGGCUACGACACCAUCUUCUCCCUGUGCGACGACUACGACCCCGGCAAGCGCGAGUUCUACUUUGACAGGGACCCGGACGCCUUCAAGUGUGUCAUCGAGGUGUACUAUUUCGGGGAGGUCCACAUGAAGAAGGGCAUCUGCCCCAUCUGCUUCAAGAACGAGAUGGACUUCUGGAAGGUGGACCUCAAGUUCCUGGACGACUGUUGCAAGAGCCACCUGAGCGAGAAGCGCGAGGAGCUGGAGGAGAUCGCGCGCCGCGUGCAGCUUAUCCUGGACGACCUGGGCGUGGACGCGGCCGAGGGCCGCUGGCGCCGCUGCCAGAAGUGCGUCUGGAAGUUCCUGGAGAAGCCCGAGUCGUCGUGCCCGGCGCGGGUGGUGGCCGUGCUCUCCUUCCUGCUCAUCCUCGUCUCGUCCGUGGUCAUGUGCAUGGGCACCAUCCCCGAGCUGCAGGUGCUGGACGCCGAGGGCAACCGCGUGGAGCACCCGACGCUGGAGAACGUGGAGACGGCGUGCAUUGGCUGGUUCACCCUGGAGUACCUGCUGCGCCUCUUCUCGUCACCCAACAAGCUGCACUUCGCGCUGUCCUUCAUGAACAUUGUGGACGUGCUGGCCAUCCUCCCCUUCUACGUGAGCCUCACGCUCACGCACCUGGGUGCCCGCAUGAUGGAGCUGACCAACGUGCAGCAGGCCGUGCAGGCGCUGCGGAUCAUGCGCAUCGCGCGCAUCUUCAAGCUGGCCCGCCACUCCUCGGGCCUGCAGACCCUCACCUAUGCCCUCAAGCGCAGCUUCAAGGAACUGGGGCUGCUGCUCAUGUACCUGGCAGUGGGUAUCUUCGUCUUCUCUGCCCUGGGCUACACCAUGGAGCAGAGCCAUCCAGAGACCCUGUUUAAGAGCAUCCCCCAGUCCUUCUGGUGGGCCAUCAUCACCAUGACCACCGUCGGCUACGGCGACAUCUACCCCAAGACCACGCUGGGCAAGCUCAACGCGGCCAUCAGCUUCUUGUGUGGUGUCAUCGCCAUCGCCCUGCCCAUCCACCCCAUCAUCAACAACUUUGUCAGGUACUACAACAAGCAGCGCGUCCUGGAGACCGCGGCCAAGCACGAGCUGGAGCUGAUGGAACUCAACUCCAGCAGUGGAGGCGAGGGCAAGACCGGGGGCUCCCGCAGUGACCUGGACAACCUCCCUCCAGAGCCUGCGGGGAAGGAGGCGCCCAGCUGCAGCAGCCGGCUGAAGCUCUCCCACAGCGACACCUUCAUCCCCCUCCUGACCGAGGAGAAGCACCACAGGACCCGGCUCCAGAGUUGCAAGUGACAGGAGGGCCCCUCAGGCAGAGAUGGACCAGGCGGUGGACAGAUGGGUAGAUGUGGCAGGCAUGUCAUCGACAGCACAGAAGGGCUGUCCUGUGUCCCCCCAACCCUCCCCUGGACAGACUCUGAAGGCCCUCCCGGCACCUCUGCCAAGGCUGGGUAAGACUCCUCUAUGUUGCCUGCUGUCCAGGAGCCCGGGAGGGAGGGGUGUGCAGGAGCCGCAGGGCCGUGUGGGACCAGUGGAGGCUGCGGCCUGGCUGGCACGAGAGCCCACGCCCGCUUCUGUAUCUCCCUCAAUAAAGCCUCCUGCUCUGUG